AUGUUGUCCCUCCUGCCUCUUCGCUUGCCGUCCCCCGUAGCCAGCACGCUCCCAGGCGCCGCCUACCUCCUCCCCGGCCUCGCCAGGAUUCCCAUCCUCCGAACCCCACCGCGAGCCAGCAUGAGCGCGGCCGCCUCCACGCCGGACGCAGUCCCGUCUCCCGCCGCCGCCGCCGCCGCUGUCGGCGAGGAAGCGAGGAAGGAGGCCGAGGACGUGGUGGUGCAGUACGUGGUGCUGCGGCGCGACCUGGCGGACGCGUGGCCGCUGGGGAGCGUGGUGGCGCAGGGGUGCCACGCCGCCGUGGCCGCCGUCUGGGCGCACCGCGACCACCCGGACACCGCCGCCUACUGCGCGCCCGGCAACCUCGACAGCAUGCACAAGGUAACAUUGGAGGUGAAAGGGGAGACACAGCUGAAGAACUUGGCUGAGAAACUGGAAGCAGCUGGUGUACGGCACAAGCUGUGGAUAGAGCAGCCCGAGAACAUCCCGACUUGCAUAGCCACAGCACCCUGCCCAAAGUCGCAGGUAGCUUCGUUCUUUAGGAAGCUAAAACUUUGCAAAUGA